UGGCAGAAAUGUUUGGGUGGAAACCACAGACGCUUUGCGAAUGCUGACAUGUCUCUGUUUAAGAUUCGAGACUGGUGGUCUACGUCUGUAGGCGAGGAGGAGGAAUUUGACAAUGGAUGUCUCUGUGUGGGCAAUGUCGACAAUGAUGCAGAAGACAAAGACAAAAUAGUUAUCGGCAGUUUCCAUGGCUUGUUACGAAUUUACAAUCCGAAUCCGACGAAAACGGAAGCUGGCUGGAGUGGGUUCCGACCUCAGGAUGUUUUGGUGGAGCAUGCGUUUUCACAUCCAAUCCUACAAGUCGAGAUAGGACGAUUCUCCUCGGGAUCUGCAAAACUCUAUCUUGCUAUAUUGCAUCCGAAAAAACUGGCAGUAUACAAUGUAACUGCUGUAUCAGGUGCCGUGGGCCACGGACAGCAAUAUCAGUUCAAUCUCCUCUAUGAACAUGCAUUACAAAGAACAGCAUGCAACAUUACGUUCGGUUCAUUUGGAGGGGUCAAAGGUAAAGAUUUCUUAUGUGUGCAAUCAAUGGACGGGACGCUGUCGGUGUUUGAACAGGAGACGUUUGCGUUCAGCCGCUUCCUACCCGGAGCUCUCCUCCCAGGACCAGUAAAGUACAUUCCAAGAACGGACAGCUUCGUAACGGUUUCCUCUCUCCGACAAGUCGAGUGUUACAAGUAUCAAGUUUUGGCAGUUUCCACAGAUUCCAGCAAUAAAGAUGAAUCUCAAAACAUCAAAUCUGGCAAGAAAGUCUCAAGCGACUGGACGUUCAAUAUAGGUGAACAGGCCCUCGAUAUAUCUGUGAUAACGUUUCCCCAAGCUCCACCGUCCAUUUUAAUCCUAGGAGAGAGAAACUUGUUCUGCCUCACAGAGACUGGAACCCUGAGAUACAUGAAGAAGUUUGAGUUUGACCCGGCCUGCUUUAUUCCGUACGCCUCACUGUCCGAGGGAACGAUCAACUACAUGAUCGCGACUCACUCGUCUUCACUGAUGGUCUACCAAGACGUCACGCUCAAGUGGGCCGCCAAAAUGGAGCAUGUACCCGUCCAGAUCAGAAUAGGCAACUUCACAGAUUUGAAGGGUGUUGUUGUGACGCUGAACGACACCGGGCAGCUCAUGUGUGGCUAUCUGGGAACGGAUCCCGCAAUCUUCGUGCCACCCUCGGUGGAUGCGCGAGACAUCAACUAUGCUGACAUGGACAACGAGAUGAGACAGCUACAGAAACAGAUCCGAGAAAAAUCUCAGAAAGCAGUGAUCAUGCCUCACCUGAAGACAGAUGAUGACCUCCAGAUCACAGUGUUUGUUAAUCCACACCUCGACGACGUGUCGAUGGCUGCCGACUUGGAAUACGAAGAUCCAGACAAAGUGCCAUCCGUCACUGCCAGAAUUCAGCUUAAAGCUAAGCUUCCUAUUCAAAAUGUGAAAUUGGAGGUUCAUACGAAGUGGCCAUUGGUGUCGAAUCAGACAACUUUCAGUAUUCCAUCUGUAGACCCAAAUCAUCCGAUUGAGAAGUUCUGUGCCUUAUUUCUUAAAGGACGAGGUUUGCCUGUCGACCUUGUCGCUCAAAUGGCUGCGAGAUACACCACCUCUACAGGUGCACCUCGUGUAGUGAUGGCGAAAGUGAAAAUGCCAUUUAACCUGGUAGUGAAGUCGGUUCUACCAGUCAAACAGGCCACUCACAAGCUGACAAUUGACACGAACAAACCACCGGUCAACCUCAACGAACUCUUCCCUGGUUUAUUAGGAGAAAAUGCUGGAGGUCAGGGAGUGGCUCUAGGAUUCCAGUUCUAUGGGGGACCAGUCAUUACCAUCCUUGCUUCCAAGACAUCGCAGCGGUACCGUCUGCAGUGCGACUAUCUGGAAGCAAUGUGGCUGCCACUAAGGGAGCUAACUCUGCGGUUGAACAAUCACUUCAACCGAGCGAAAGACUUCAAGAUUUUCUUUGAUGGAGCUUUACCGAUUCAGGAAUACUUUGAUCUCAUUGAUAAUCAUUUUGAGUAUCGUCUGGGAGCGACGAAGUGUCGGGAGUUGCUAGACCAGAGAGCACAGCAGUUCAGGUCGAUACAGAAGAGACUCCUUACCAAGUUCAAGGACAAGAACCCAUCACCACUACAGAACCUCGACACACUUCUAGAAGGAACUUACAGACAGGUGUUGGCCCUAGCAGACGCAGUUGAAGACAACAGCAAUGCGCAGCAGGUGGCGGCCAAUAACCUGAGCAGUGGGACCUACCUGGUGAACCUGCUCAUCAAACUGUGGAUGGAUCUGACUGACGAGGAGUUCCGGGUUCUCGAGUCGACACUCUCCCCCAUCGUUAAUGACUCGGACCAACAGGGUUGGCAGGAGACGGUAGACGCAUCAGUGACUCACAUUCUCCGUACGACUCUGGCUAAAUCGGCCAAGGACCAGUCCGUGAACCCAUCGCCCCUGACGAUGCCCUCCGACACCACCAAAGUCAAGAAACACAUUGCCCUGUUGUGUGAUAGACUGGGUAAAGGGGCUCGACUGGUGGAGGGCUUGUCAGAAAAACGUGAGAGUAAAUUGCACGUAUCGGCACCAAGCAAGUCUGUGGUGGAGAAUGGGGAGUUAGACUCUAUUGUAGAAGGCAACGAAAUGAUGACUAUUAACAACACCAAAUACAGGGAGAAGAAGAAGAAGAAGAGACAGAAAGAUGUAGAAAACAGUCUGAAUGACUUGAAGCCGAUAGGGUUACCUGCCUUGGAUAGAUCUUCAGGUAAUGGGCUGAAACAGAAGCAGAUCGAGAGCCUGGUUCCAGAUCUUGACGACAUGGAUAAUGAUGAGGUGGAGGGACCGAACAUUUCCAGCACGGCUGAAGAUGGAGAAGUUGUCUACUCGUUAUGAGGAGAAAUGGUCAUCUGCAGAGCGGUUUGGGCGACAGCGGUUGACCUGGGUUUAACAGAAAGAAGCUGUGGAAACCUGACAACCGUCUCCAGUGGAUUCCAGAGACAUAGACCGGUUUCUGCACCUAAAUGUCAGAUGAAUGUGAUGUUUAAGAAGACGGGUGGUACCAGUCUGUUAUUGUUUGCAAGUGCCCUGUGUCCAACAACACCAUCUCCAGUGUAUGUAUACCGGAGGCAGGUUCAGGAAGGUGACCAAUCAGUUCAUUCUGUUUAACAACACCACUAGAGCACUGAUUUAUUAAUCAUUGGCUAUUGGAUAGUUUGUUUUUGUUUAAUGACACUACUAGAGCACAGUGAUUUAUUAAUCCUUGGAUAGUUUGUUUCUGUUUAACGACACUACUAGAGCACAGUGCUGUUUGAAUCAUCAGCUAUUGGAUGUCAAACAGUUUGUGUUGUUUUACAUACCAUGGCCUUUUGAUAUACCAGUCAUAGGGCACUGGUUUGGGAUGGUAAAACAUUCAAUCAGACAGUGUCCAUGAGUCCACUGUGGUGGUUUGAUCCUAUGACUCGAGCACCUCGGACGAGACUGAUUUAUGCACCUGAACUUUACACAGAUCAGAAUAAAAGAAUGCAACGCUCAUUUUCAUUUCAACUUAGUUUUGUGCUUGUAUCUGAUUAAUGUGCAAACACAUUUUCACUGCUUGUUGUCCUGUCUGGCAUCACAUUUGUUUGGUUUUUAAGUACAGUUAUGAAUCUGUUGAUAUUUUAUCAAUGUUUGACCUAUGGGCCUCAAAUUUAUCACUGAAGGUGCCAAAUAUCUGUUUAUUAUUGGGCGUGAAAUAUCUUAAGUUACAGUGUCAAUACUAUAUUUAAAAAUACAAUUCCAUAUUCAGUAGGGUUAUCAGUUUGGGAGGGGGGUUGGGGUUUGGGGGCACCCGAUAUAAAUGAUGAGAUGUGUUUAAAAUUGUGUUUCUGAACAUCUAUUCAAAACAGAUCUACCUUUUUUGCUCAAAUAGACUUGACAUAGGCGUUAGAAGGUGGGGUGGGGGUGUGGGUGGGGGCAGAGAAGCACUGUCCCUAGUUCUGAAGGUAAUAUGUUCCACUUCCUCACUGGAAGGUGAAUUAGGGUAUUACUGAUUGCUGGCCCCUCCAGUGGGCAUCUUCCUAUGACUAUACCUGGCUGGCAGUUAAUCCUCAUUGUCAAAUUUGAACGAUUAUUUUACCAUCCAAAAGAGUUGUAAUAAUGUAUAUUUUGCAUAUUUGUAUAAACCGUCCAUAAUUUGUGUGUGUUCAGUGUGUUGAUUGUGACAUAAAAUUGUUAAUAUUUUGUAUAAUUAUGAACUAGUAUAUGAUCUGUCUAUACUUCUUGUAUGUUCAAUAGGUUGAUUGUGACAUAACAUUGUUAAUAUUUUGUGUAACUGUGUAUAAACCAUCCAUAAUGUUUGUUUGUGUUCAUAGGCAUGGUCACAGAGCAAUUGCUCAUAUAAAUCUCUCAACAAAAUAUUGUGUGUUGUGAAAAUGCAAACAUUUAAUUUGCCACAAAAAGUACUUUAUUCAAUUACAGGAAUGAACCUAUGUAGAGAAUGGUCAUACGGGUUACCAAUGAGUUCCCACUUGUGAAGAAAAAACAACGGUACCCUGUACUUUGUUCUCGACAAAAUCUUAAUUUAAAAAAAAAAAACUCCCUAUCCUCUUAUGUUUUGAUGAGGUGUGUCUUAUUGAGAUAUAUACCGGGAAGUUAUAAGAUACAGAGAAUACUACGUGAGCUAGUGACAGUUGGAUACGACAACUUAAAAUGAGUUAUUUUGAGUCUUGUAUAAUGAGCAAAAGCAUUUUGGAUAUGUUUUUAUACAGUGGGAAACCCCUGCAAUUGCCCGCAGAAAUCGGCAGUGCCGUGGAUAUUGCCACAGAGUUUUUUGUUCUCUGCUGCAUUUAUUUUACUGUGGGCUAUCUUGGGUGUUUUUUUUCAAGAUGUAUUUUUUCCUUAUUGUUAAAAAUUAAAUAUACUUUGUGCACUGAAAACAGAUUAAAAGUAAAUAAUAAAACAGUAACUGCACCAUUAUUACUAAGUAUCUGAAUGUCAGUGUCAUCGGGCCCGAUUGUAAAUACAUGUAAGUUACCAGCAUUAAGCAAGUAUCAACUAGGUCACUGAACUGUUGACUGUUCAUAGCACGUGCUUUGCAGGGUCCACUGAAUUGCAGGGGGUGGCAACUUGUACAUUGUUGAACCAUGGCUAUGGUAUGUUACAGGUGUUUUAUUUUCUGUAAAAUGUUUAACAUAAAUUCUUACAAGUCACUUGAAGUAUUAUGGUCAGCCUAAGGAUGAGAUAUUUGUAGAUAUAUAGAGAUAUAUAUAUAUAUAUAUAUAUAUAUAUAUUAUAGAGAGAGAGAUAUAUAUAUAUAUAGAGAGAGAGACAGAGAGACAGAGAGAAAGAGAGUGUGUGUGUG